AUGACCGACUCAGAUUCAGAGGAAGAAAAUAUAAUUCGUUUUGGGACACCGCUUGAACCAUACGAAGAAGAUGAAGUUCCAGCUAAGAGAAAGUUUCAGCAACAACCGGACCAGUAUGCUGUGGAUGCACACGGUCGACGCAGAUUCCAUGGUGCUUUUACGGGUGGAUUCUCGGCUGGAUAUGGGAACACAGUGGGUACACCAGAGGGAUGGGUUCCUACCAACUUCAAGAGCUCGCGUUCUGAAAAGGCGCAAGUCUCGAACCAAAGGCCGGAAGAUUUUAUGGAUGAAGAGGACCGAGGUGAAUUUGGUAUAGCACCGCGACAUUUACAAACUAACAAUGAGUUUUCUGGGCAAAAGAGACAGAGACAGCAACAGUUUCAUGAUGGUCCUAUUCCUGGUGAACCGGUCUUACAGCAAUUGGUCCGCGCAGUUCAUGAGACGGCAGCUGUGAAGAUGCUACGCGCUAUGGGUUGGCGCGAAGGACAGGGCACUGGUGAGCGUUUGGUGAAAGAGGCCAAGAGACGUGCUAAAGAACAGCACAAAGUGUAUGGAUGCUAUAUGCCGCCUGAGAUGAGAAAUGAGAAUCGUCCCCAGACGGACGAAGACAGCUCGGAUUCAGAGAUAGACUACGAAACUCUAUUCGCCCCAGACGACUAUGAACCCUACAUCCUGCAGCGUAAGAAUGAUCGGUUCGGACUUGGCUACAGCGGACUCAGUCGACACUCUGUUCUCGGUAAUUUGGUGGGAGAGUACGGAAGUGAUGCCGGUUCAUCAAAGAGUCACCUUGUUAUGAAGGACAAAGGCAAAAAGGUAUCCAUCCGCGGCCAAGCAUUUGGUGUUGGCGCCUUCGAAGCUGAUGACGACGAUAUUUAUGCUACGGAAGAUAUGUCGCAUUACGACUUCGCUAUAGGUGGCGCCACCAAUGACAAGCAGAAAGCGAAAAAAUCUAAGGAAAAAUCUGCUAAUGUAUUAGAAGGGUUUGUGAAAUCUAGCAAACCUCUUCCGUCCGUGCCAUCAUAUCCGCCGCCAGCUUUACCACGUGAUUAUGUACCAGCACCCGCAGGCAGUCGGCGUUCCAGGUUCGAGCCAACCACACAAACGCCGAGAAAUCAAGGUCUUGGUCGUCAUGAACUAACUGCAGCAGCCAGAGGUGCUUUACUUGGCGAAAGUCCUGUCCCAAAAACUAUAACAGACUCAAAUUCACAUGAAAACAAACAAAUACAGAGCGAUCCUAUAGCACGAGUAGUCGGCAGAAACGUAAACUUUGUCUCUACCUCAAAUAAUAACACAGAGACAAAAGAACUGGAUUUUAUACCGAUCAAAGACUCCGGUAAAGAGUUGUCGAAUGUCUUUAAACCAUUUGUAAGCGAUCCGCAGAAACAGGCACGGUAUGAAAGGUACUUGAAAGAUAAGAAUAGUGUCAUCCAAGAAAGUAAUAGUGCUAUAGAUGAUAGGCUUACUGAGUGGGAGAGGAGCAGAGAGUUAAUGGAGUUUGAGCAGGCAGCAAAAUUGUAUAAGCCUUUGUCUGGAAUCAUGGAGGAGAGGUUCACACAUGCUUCAGAACCCGAUGAUGGAGCUCUUAACCCUCUAUGUGCGGUUGCAAAGAGUUCAAACAACUACGGACUAGCAACUCCUGAGCAAAUAGAAGCAGCGAUGAAAGGGGCUUUCGGUCCCAUCACAAGACAAGAGACAGUGUGGAGACCGGAAUCUCUCGUUUGUAAACGUUUCAAUGUGCCUGAGCCUGGUACCACUAGAGAUGAACCAAAAAAGGAAGAUAAACCUAAGGUUUCCUAUUCGAUAUUUUCAUAUUUAGAAUCAUCUGUACAUGACAAAGAAAGUUUUACCAAAGAACAAACAAAAUUCAGUGGUUCUAAAUCAUUAAAUAUGGACGCAAUAAAUAGAACUAAGCUAAACGAGCGUGAGACAAACGAAAAUAAAAACGAACCUACUCCACAAAUGGCAGUUAAUAAUAAUAACAGUACUGGUUUUAAUAAAAGAAUGACGGUUGCAGAACUGUUCUUAAAGGAAUCGGAAAAUGAUAUCAAGAACAAAGAUCAAGGAAUCGAAGUUACAGAGACGAUAAAUAAGUUUGACAAAAUGGAUCUUUAUAAGUCAAUUUUUCUAAGUGACAGUGAAAAUGAAGAGGAUGAUGGUGAAGAAAAAGUGAAAACAAACGAUGAAUCCCAUUUUAUCGAAAAACCGAAAAAUGUUGAAAGAAACACUUCACCACCGCGCGGAAUUUUCGCUAACAUAGAUUUCGAUGAACUGAAUUCUUGGAAAAGAAAUUCUGAAGCUAAAAAUUCUGAAACAACUGCUAUUAAAACUUCAACAGAAACUAGUUCUAAUGACACAUUUGAUGAAAAAGGGAACCAAAAUAAACUAACUGGCAACGAUAAACCAAAUGAAGAUAUAGAAGCUAAUGUAUAUGGUCCGAAAAUUCCAGAGAACUUGAAAAAUAGACUAGAGGAUACCGGACCGCCGGAAAAUAAUUUCAAACCGUCGUUUAGAAGUAAAGAACAAAGAGAUUUAGUUCGGGAAGUAGAUUCAUCGUCGGAUUCUUGGGUUGAGGCAAAAGAGGCGAAAACGAAAAAACAGAAGAAAAAAAAGACUAAAAAACACAAAUCUAAACACAAGAAGUCUAAACAUAAGAAGAAAGAUAGGUAG